AUGUCGUUCAGCCGAGCAGCAAUAUUCGGCGUUAUAUCAUUUAAUCGUAUGGCAAGGCAAACCAGAACUGCUUUACCAUACGCAUUAGGUAUGGCUACCGCUGGUACUUUGUAUUACGUUCACAAUCCAAUGAGUAAACAUCAUGCUGCUAUGCUUGACAUUUUUCGUUUAACACCACGUUCACUUGAUACUGAUGUAUCGGAUAGUUUUCUCGGUAAACCAUUCGAACUGUUCAUGGCUGAACCAAUAACAAGUUCAGAUGCGCUUCAAAAUAGUGAUGCAAAUUCAUAUAAAUCCCGCAUGGAAGUAUUCAUAUUAAAAUUACAAAAACAAAUAUGUCAUUCAUUGGAACAAUGUGAAGCAAAACAGAAUAGUGAUGUUCGAUUUAAAGUCGAUCGUUGGAUACGAGAAGAAGGUGGCGGUGGUAUAACAUGUGUUAUGCAAGAUGGAGCUGUAUUUGAAAAAGCAGGCGUUAACAUAUCAGUUGUUCAUGGUAAAUUACCUGUUCAAGCAGUAGAACAAAUGAGAGCACGUGGUCAUGAUUUUGCUGCUAAAAAUACACCAUUGGAUUUUUUUGCUACUGGAAUUUCAUCGGUUAUCCAUCCAAAAAAUCCACAUGUUCCAACAGUACAUUUUAAUUAUCGAUAUUUCGAAUUAAUUGAUGCUGAUGGAAAAAAACAUUGGUGGUAUGGUGGCGGUACUGAUAUGACACCUUACUAUCUCGAUGAAAGCGAUUGUAAACAUUUUCAUUCGACAUUGAAAAAAGCUUGUGAUAAACAUGAUUCUUCGUACUAUCCAAAAUUUAAAAAAUGGUGUGAUGAUUAUUUCAAUAUAAAUUUCCGUCAAAAUGAACGUCGUGGUAUUGGUGGAAUAUUUUUCGAUGAUCUCAAUGAAGGAAGUCAUGAAGCAUGUUUCAAUUUUGUUAAGGCUUGUGCAAAUACAGUUAUUCCAUCGUAUAUACCAGUAGUACAAAAAAAUUGUCAACGAACAUUUACAGAACAAGAACGUGAUUGGCAAUUAUUAAGACGUGGACGUUAUGCAGAAUUCAAUUUGGCAAUAGAUCGUGGUACUAAAUUUGGCUUACAAACACCUGGCUCACGAAUAGAAAGUAUUCUUAUGUCAUUGCCGCCUGUUGCCAAGUGGAGAUAUGGAUGGGAUUUCGAAGCGGAUUCACCAGAAAUGAAAUUGAUGAAGGUUUUAAAAGAACCAAAAGAAUGGGUUUAA